AUGUUCGGUGGCUCCACGAGCCCACCCAAAGAGAAAUCCGACUUGAUUCCAACUGGAACCAGUCCAAAAUCACCAACUAUCAGCCCUAACGAGGCCGCAUUUGGACGUGACAAGCGCACCUCGCCAUCUGGAACUUCUGGCAAGAAACAGACCGAAGACCCAAACGACAAAAAGCGUCGCAGCAGCUCGGUGACCAGAGCAGCGUCUUUCUUUUCUAGCGCAAAGAAUUCGUUACAUUUAUCAAGUCGCGAUUCAUCAAUAACCGCUAUUCAGAUUGCGCAGACCCCAUUUCAGAAACUCGGAAAGAUGGAUCCUGCCUUGACGGUGCCUCAGGGCUCCUUGAACAAUUCGGCUGGAGAGUCAGUGCCCACUUCGCGCUCAUCGUUCCGUGUCGGUGUCACAGAAGACCGAAAUCGCAAGUGCCGGAGAACGAUGGAAGAUACACAUGCAUAUCUAUACAAUUUCUUGGGGACGCCGGCUCCCGUUACUGGAAACACUACGAUCAAUGGAAAUGAGACACGGGAAUCAAUUGAAUCCACAACUGGCUCGGAGGAAACUACUCAUGUAGUGGAGACUGACAAUGGUUACUUUGCUAUUUUUGAUGGCCACGCAGGAACUUUUGCUGCCGAAUGGUGUGGAAAGAAAUUACAUCUCAUCCUUGAAGACGUCAUGCGACGGAAUCCCAACGCCCCCGUCCCCGAACUCCUAGACCAGGCUUUCACUAGCGUUGAUCAACAAUUGGAGAAAUUGCCUCUGAAGAAUAGCGGUUGCACAGCUGUAGCUGCCGUGUUGCGAUGGGAAGAUCGUAUUCCCAGCUCGCAUUCUGCCACAGGUUCCGCGCCUCUCGCGCCAGCCGCCGCAUCCGCCAAUGCUUUAGAAUCAGAGUCAGACGGCCCCGACUCGACGCACAAACCAGCUCAAGCGAAGCAGUCAUUAUCCAUAGAUUUGCAUUUGGUCAAGUCACAUGAAAAUGUCUCCCGCCAGCGGGUCUUGUACACAGCAAAUGUUGGCGACGCGCGAAUUGUUCUAUGUCGAAAUGGGAAAGCUCUUCGUCUCUCGUAUGAUCAUAAAGGUAGCGAUGACAAUGAAGGAAAGCGUAUUGCCAAUGCUGGUGGGCUCAUCCUCAACAAUAGGGUCAAUGGCGUGCUCGCUGUUACGAGGGCUCUUGGCGAUACAUACUUGAAGGAUCUUGUUACGGGUCAUCCAUACACUACAGAGACUGUAGUACAGCCUGAUCAAGACGAGUUUCUUAUUUUAGCCUGCGAUGGGUUAUGGGAUGUGUGCACCGAUCAAGAAGCGGUCGACCUGAUACGCAGUGUUAAAGAUGCCCAAGAAGGCUCAAGAAUGCUCGUGGAUCACGCGCUGUCGCGUUUCAGUACCGAUAACCUGACCUGCAUGGUGGUCCGAUUUGAUGCGAAUUUAAUCCGAGAUGUUGUUGAGCGACGUUCUGAACCUAUUGGGGUCGAAGGAGAUCCUUUGUCUCAGGUCAAGGGCGGAAUAAGUGAAGCCGAUAAGAUAGUGGAAGACGCCAAAAAAAGGCUUGAGAAUGCGGAACCUAGUCCUGUUGAUGCUGCCUCUACUACGAAGUUGGACGAAUCACAAGGGACUAAAGCAUCAAGUCCGGGCGCUGCCACCACGACGAAACUCGAGGAAGUUAUCCACGAAUGA